GUUGAAUACAAACAAACGUCUUAUCAGUUCUCACCUAGGGGUUUUAUUUAGAAAGAAAUGGAGAAUUACACAGUAACAGGAAGAAUUGGCGAGGGAGCACACGGUCAAGUACUUAAAGGAAUACAACUGAAAACCAGAAGAGAAGUUGCUUUAAAAAAGGUCCUACUAAAAAAAUUAGAUGAAGGGAUUCCAAACUCAGUCAUUAGGGAGAUAAAAACUCUACAAGAAGUAGACUGUAAGUUUGUUAUGAAGUUGUUGGAUUAUUUUCCCCACGGGGUUGGCUUCGUGCUGGUGUUUGACAUGAUGCCGUCUGGGCUCUGGGAGAUGAUUCAUGAUGUUGAACAUCCUGUCACUGAGCCUCAGAUAAAGACAUACAUGCACAUGCUGCUCUCUGGUGUUGACUACCUUCACACUCACAACAUCAUGCAUAGGGAUCUGAAGCCAGCUAACCUGUUAGUGAGCAGUGAGGGUGUGCUGCACAUAGCUGACCUGGGCCUGGGGCGAGUGGUGUGUCCAGGACGACCCUACACUCACCAGGUCGCUACCAGGUGGUACAGAGCUCCUGAGCUGUUGUAUGGAGCUCGACACUACACGGGUGCUGUGGACUUGUGGGCAGUCGGUUGUAUUAUAGCAGAGAUGUACAAUAAGUCUCCACUAUUCCCGGGAGAAAGUGACAUAGAACAACUGGCACUGGUAAUUAGAGGACUUGGUACUCCCAGUUGGCGAGGCAUCACUUCUUUGCCGGACUACAACAAGAUCUCCUUUCCUGCUGCAAGACCUCAGCCCUGGGACUGUUUACUGCCUGAUGUUGAGCCCCAGACUGUGCUGAUAGUCAGUUCUCUAGUGACUCAUGACCCUGCCUCCAGGCUCACUGCACGACAGGCUCUGCAACACUCCUACUUCCACUCACGUCCAUUCCCUUGUCCGGCUGGUGAGAUGCCUUGUCCCCCACAGGACCAUCGCCAGAGGCUCAAAUUGGGGGAACUGCGAGUGGACAAACCUCCCUCAGAACUGUUCAGUGACCUCGACACAUUGGUUAAUGAUGAACAGUACCUAAGGUCAAUAACAAAAUGUUAAUUGUUCAUGAUAUAUUGAUAAUCAAUAUUGAACUGUGACUAAAUAAUCAUGCUCAAUUGCUUUUAACAAUUUUUAUUAAUUUUAAAACAUGGCAUUAAAAUGUAUUGUAAGUUUACUACUACUAACCUGUUGUGACUGAUAAUUAAUUUGUAAAGUUUUGAUUUAAUUAUUGCAAAAUGUGGUGAAGAUGGAAAACUACUUGUUUUUAACUACAAAUAUACUAAUCAAG